CCCCUGAGUCUUGCAGUGCCUGGACUCUGCCUCCAGUGUGGUCCCCUACAGAGGGCCAGCACUCGGGGAUUGCAGAUGGCUGCCGGGUGCCCUGUUCCUUACCCAGGGGGUCUGUGGACUCACUUAUAGCAGCAGCAGACUGAGGCAGAUGUAGACACAGUGGUUGUAAUAGGGACAGUGGGCCCCCAGAGGUUUGAGGAAGCAGGCCCAGAGUGGGCCUUGGCCAGCACAGGCCCCAAACUGGAUCUAAGCUCUGAGAAUUUUGUCUUCUAUUCAGCAUGUCAGAGUUGGCCUUCAUACAAAACACUGGCACCUCCUGUGGCUUCGGGAAGCUCAGAGGGUCGCAUAUGCAGCUGGGAACUGAACUGUGUGCACUUAGCCCCACGUGAGCAACUCACCAGGAGUGCUGUGGCCUGGCCUGAAUGUUAAUGUUCCCUGUCCCUGGGCAGGACAGUUGCUUUGGGUCAAGUUUGAUGGAAAUGGGAAAUGAUAACCAUAGUUUUCAACAAGUUCAUUGACAAAUGAUUGGCUUUUGUUACCAGACGCAUUAAGUCAAGAGAAGAGAGAUGAACACACUACGAGAUAAUGGCCUGGGAUCAGAUGUUAAAUAUGGCAUAAUUUCCCCACAAUACCUCCUUUGCAGUUUUCUCUGACGGAAAUGCAACCCUGCCCAUGAAGAUGGGGUGUCACCCCCUUGACCAUCUCUAUGGCUUCACUAGUCCCCAUCACAUUACCCAUCUGUUAUUUCAUGUUGUCCACUUUUUCCAUUAGAAUGCUUAGCAUGUGAAUCAUAGUUUUAAAUUCCGUCUCUGCCAUAUUUGAGUCUGGCUCUGAUGCUUGCUUUCUCUUCAAACUGUGUUUUUUUCUUUUAGUAUGCCCUGUAAUUUUUUGCUGAAAGUUGGACAUGAUGUACUGAGUAGAAGGAACUGAGGUAAAUAGGUUUCCAGUAUGAAGUUCUGUGUUUAUCUGACUAUAGUCCAUGUUAAUUGUUUGCUAUAGUCGUAGGUAUUAGAGGCAGCAAUGUUCACUGGUGCCCUUCCUCUUGUCUUCUCUGUUGUCUGGGUUUUCCUAGAGGCUUCUUAAGUGAGGGCUGAGAUGAGCAGUUCUUUCAUUUGUGUUUCCCUUUUUUAUUCAGAAGCUGUAUUGAUGUGGUGGCAGGGUGUGGAGAGAGAGAGAAGACAAAAUGGAGCUAGAAUUGGGUAUUUCCCUUCCUCCAAGUCAGCUAGGCUCUAGUAAAAUCCCAGUCAGUUUAGCUCUUAGUUUCUUUUGAGGAAAGGCCUAGUAAAGAAGAACAGAUUGCUCUGGGCAUAUUUCAAAAUGGUGACUUUUUCCCUCUUCCUGCUGGGAGCACAAGAGGAUUUUUCUCCAUUCUUCCCUGUGAGAACCUGGUAGGGCUCCUGGAAGUUAAACUCAUAAAAGUAUGAGGGCUCCUUAAGAUUGGACCUUCCCCCCUGGAUUUUUUAACUCUUAACCUUGUCCACACUGAGCCACUCCAACAAUUCAUCUGUGAAAGUUUAGACUUUCCCACCAUGGUACUGGUUCCUGCGGAGGUCUCUGCUCCAGUAAGUUGUGAUUUUCUGUCCUGUCCGUCUCUCCAAUUUUGGGGUAGCGGUUUACCUUGUGACCUCAAUUCUCCAAUGGAUCUAAGAGUUACUGAUUUCAGUUCAGCUUUUUUCUUUUUGUGUCAAUGGGAGUGACAGUUUUUAAGUUCCUUACAUGCCAGACCUGGGAACCAGAAGUACAUUUUUAGUUCUAGGAUUUCCUUUAAAAAAAAAAGUUAUAUAUAUAAAAAAAGUGUGUAUAUAUAUACACACACACACACACACAAUUAUUUUAAAAAUUCUCCAUGGUUUCAAUCACCAUAGCCACCUUUUCCUGUAGAUUUUAAAACAUAGAGCACUUUUCUGUUAAUUCUAUUAUCUAGAAUUAUUUGUGAAUCUUUCUGUUGACUGAAUCUGAAUUGUUUUUUCUUGACUCAAUCACAUUUGUCUGUUUCUUUGCAUGUCUGGUAUUUCUAUUGUAUAUCAGACAUUGUGAAUGAUGUGUCAGAGAGACACUGGGUUCUGUUAUCCUCUGAAGAGGUGAGUUUUGUUCUCUAGGCAGUUGAGUUCCUGGAAGAUUGCCAUGACCUUGUGGAGAUUGGGCUUUAAAUUUUAUUUUGACAGAUACAUUUUGUUUUUCCCUGUAGUCUUAGUGCAAAUCCCUUAUUUCUAGAACAUAGUGUUUAUUCCAGAGGUGAGGCCCUUUUGGGGUUUAAAGGGAAAACUGAGAUGUUUACCAAGUCUUCCCUGGAGUUGGCAGUAAAUGAAUCUCUUCUCAGCUCAAUGGCUUUGCAGCCCUGUCUUUUCCCUGGGGUCCUGGAAUCUUAACCACCCUGCAGUUCGGGCCAGCCCAUACUGGAAAGGAGUUAUAGCUUCCGGCACGUCACCUGCUGAGGCUCCAAACUACCCAGCAUUACCCCCUAAAUUUUCUGUGGCAGUGGAGGACCCAAAUUCCAUCCUCUGCCUCCAGGAGUCUAUAAUAAGCCUGUGGCUCCCUGUUUGAGGUCUAGCUGAGCAGAGAGAGCCCUCAGGGAAAAAAGAGCUCUUCUCUCAAGAGCUGCCUGCCCUCCAUUUUCCGCCUGCUUUUUGUCCUCCAGUGCUUUCAGAGAGCUGUUUCAUAUUUUGUACACAUUUCAUAAUGCAUGGGGAUUCUGCAGUUACUGGAAUUGGAAACUACAUUUUGACUUUUGAACCUGUAAUUGAAUCGUCUAUUUAAAAAUUGAACUGUUAUAACAAAAAUUAAGGCCUACUGUAAGGGCAGAGGAUUAUCUGACAUUUAAGCCAGAGGAUGCCUUUUUUUUUUACCCCCUUAGAGGAUGCCUUUUUAAGUCAGGUAGCACUCACCCAGGCAGAGCAAGGCCCCAGGCCCCGCCCCCUCCUGCACAUCACACCCCUCGGGCUCCCAGGACCCAACCCCAUUAACGCCCCGCCCUCGGUCGCGCCCGUUUCCAUGGCGACGUGGCUCCGGCCAGGGCAGCCAGGCCACCGAGUGGACUUUAAGCGGCGGCAGAAGAGGCAGCGGCGGCGGCUCCAUGAGUACCGUGGGGGUGGCGGUCGGGCACCGGCCCUCUACCUCUGGGACCUCGGGCCUCCGGGGCGCCUUGCGCCCGCGUCAGCGCCCAUCCGCGGUCCUCCAGCACUCGGGGCAGCACGGCGCGCACCUUGGGCUCAGCGAGGCGCAGAAGCGGGUCCUGGACCUGGAAAAGAGCCUGCUGUUCCUGCAGCAGCAGCACUCGGAGACACUGGCCAAGCUCCACGAGGAGAUUGAGCGCCUGAAGCGGGAGAACAAGGAUCUCCAUUACAAGCUAAUAAUGAAUCAGAAGCCGCAGAAGAAAGGCAGCAUCUCCAAUUCCAGCUUUCAGUCCAAGUCCAUCUCCAAUUCGUCGGUGUCAGCUAACUCUCAAGGCAAAGCUAGACCUCAGCCCAGCUCCUUCAAGAAGCAAGACUUGAAAGCUGACGAUGCCCAGAAGACAGACCUGGAAGAAGAGACCCCGGUUGCUGCCCUGUUUCACAGCAGCAAGCUGGACAAAACCCCAGGGGCACAAGGGCCGGCCAGAGAUGAAGUGGAGAUCUUUAAUCCAGACACCUUGGUGGCAGGCAGCCAGCACAAGGGCAAGCAAGUGAUAGGGGCGCCCUCUUUGAUGAGCCUGCCACCCCACUUACGCAAGCCCACCUCGCUUCAGCAAUGUGAGGUGGUCAUCCGCCAGCUGUGGAAUGCCAAUCUCCUGCAGGCCCAAGAGCUGCAGCACCUCAAGUCCCUCCUAGAGGGGACCCAGAGGCCCAAGGCUGCCCCGGUAGAGGCCAGCCCAAAUACUUCCAAGGACCAGACCAUGCAGCUUCCCAAGGUCCACACCAAGGGCGUCUCUAAGAAAUGCCUGAUCCUGAGCCCAAUGCCUGAGGCAGAGCGCGCCAUCCUGCCCGCGCUGAAGCAGACCCUGAAAAGUAACUUUGCAGAGAGGCGGAAAAGGCUGCAGGUUGUGCAGAGCCGACGGCUGCACCGCUCUGUGCUCUGAGUGCCCCUGUGCAGCCCCAACCACAGCUGGAGACACUCACCCUCUCUAGGUAACAUUCCAAAGAAUUCUAAUUCCACAUAAAUCAAACUCACGGCAGAUAAAGUCCUUGGUCUCAGAAUUGAGAAACUGUUUAUUUUCUUGCUCAGUAUUUUGCUAUUCUGCAUUUACACAAAAACACGAUAUAUUAAUAGGUGUUACUCCGCCUGCUGAAGAUAAAAUAAAGCUCAUUUCUUUCUCCCA